UCUCGAAUGACUUAAAAUUGGCGGCAUUAAGGUACUCGCACGCCGUAUUGCUCUUGUUUUCAAACUUCUUUUGUCAGUGGUCGUAUUUCAGAACCCAGUUGUAGAUGCCAGCACCAAGUCACGUGAAUUAACUAUGGUAGUCAUCUGAAAUUGUAUUUCAUAACUUUCUGCUAGUUCCUGCCUCUCCUAUUUAACGAAGUAUUUUAGUACCCAGUUUGCAACUUCUUACAAAAUGAGUGAAUUUUGGCUGAUAUCUGCCCCUGGAGAAAAAACUUGUCAGCAGACAUGGGAUACUCUUAAUAAUGUUACAAGCAAGCAGAAUAAUUUGUCUAUUAAUUACAAAUUUCACAUUCCAGAUUUAAAGGUUGGAACUCUGGAUCAACUUGUGGGAUUAUCUGAUGAUUUAGGGAAGCUUGAUGGAUUUGUGGAACAAGUGACUCGAAAAGUGGCCCAAUAUUUGGGAGAAGUUUUGGAAGAUCAGAGAGACAAACUUCAAGAGAAUCUUCUGGCAAAUAACUGUGGAUUAUCUGAAUAUGUUAUUCGGUUCCAAUGGGACUUAGCUAAGUAUCCUGUAAAACAGUCUCUGAGAAAUAUUGCAGAUAUUAUCAGUAAGCAAGUGGGGCAAAUAGAUGCAGACCUCAAAACAAAGAGUGCAGCUUACAAUAAUCUGAAGGGGAACUUGCAGAGUUUGGAGAAACGACAAACGGGCAGUUUAAUGACUAGGAAUUUGGCAGAUCUGGUGAAAAAGGAACAUUUUAUAUUGGAUUCGGAGUACUUAACAACUCUUCUUGUCAUUGUUCCCAGAAACAGUUUUAAUGAUUGGAAUCAGGGUUAUGAGAAACUGACUGAUAUGGUUGUUCCUCGAUCGAGUCAGCUGGUUUUCCAAGACAAUGAAAAUGGGCUUUUCACUGUCACUCUUUUCAAGAAGGUAGUGGAUGAAUUUAAACUUCAUGCCCGGGAGAAAAAGUUUAAUGUUCGUGACUUUACUUACAAUGAGGAAGAGUUGGCAGCUGGAAAGAACCAGAUUACCAAACUUGCCACAGACAAAAAGAAACAAUUUGGACCCUUGGUACGGUGGCUGAAAGUAAACUUCAGUGAAUGCUUUUGUGCUUGGAUUCAUGUGAAAGCUUUGAGGGUGUUUGUGGAAUCAGUAUUGAGAUAUGGCUUGCCAGUGAAUUUCCAAGCAAUGCUAUUGCAACCUAAUAAAAAACAAGCAAAGAAACUUCGUGAUGUCUUAAAUCAGUUGUAUGGUCAUUUGGAUGGAGGAUCAGUCCAAGGAUCAUCUGGUCCUCAUGAUACAAUGGACAUUCCUGGACUUGGAUUUGGACAGUCAGAAUACUACCCAUAUGUCUAUUAUCAUAUUACGGUUGAUAUGGUUGAAGUAAAAUCUCUGUAGAGGGAUUAAACAUCCAUAUUUUGAAAGAAUAUUACAUAGUAUUAUGUAUUGUAGAAAUUAUUGUUGGGGUGUGGUUUUGGCAAUAGCAGAAACGUUUUUGUGAUGGUGAAAAUACAAAUUAGUGUUUGAAUGUUCUGGGCUGUCUAAUAAUUGAAAUCUCCUUAGACAAUGAAUCACUUUCAGUAUGCUAACGAUGGCGUUGUUAUGACUGUAGAAAGAUAUUCCAGCUGGCUGGCCUUGUACGUUUGUGAUUCUUUUAAUGUCUAUAUAAAUGUAUUUGAAAUAUAGAUGUAUUAGGAUAAUUGCUAAAAGUUUGUGAAGUAAAAUAAAUGAAUAGUUGUGAAAUAUUAUUUUUAAAAUUGGGGAUCUUGGUGUCACAGGGCUAUGUAUAAUGUGCGAGUAGUUCUGCACAUUAUUGUACAGAAAAUAUAACUUUUAAGAAUACAUAAUUUGCCUGCUGCUGUUAUCAAUUGUGAGAUGUACAUGUAUUUAUUAGAGAUCAUAACAUAAGUCUUUAUGUUUAUUUUUCACACAUAUUUCAUGUGUAUUAUUUGUAUUAUUUACUCAUGCCACAGAUUCUUAAAAUAAGUUUCUUUGUUUUGAAAAUCAAAAAUUCGGUGUGCGUUGUUCAUUGCUAUGAAUACCAUCAAUUGUCAAGUAAGAAUAAUUUUUACAAAAAAACUCUUGUCAUUAAGUAUAGAUUUCAAAUAUACUUUAACCGUAAAUACAUGCUUCUAAAAAUACUGUGUUUUCUUGAGAACUGUUAAAGAUAACAAUUCCAGUACCAUCUGUUACUAAUUGUAUAAGUUUUGAAGAAUGUGUACAUAAAUGUUUUUUUGAAACUGUUUCUGAAUUGUAAAGAUGUUGACAUUCUCUGUACAUACAUUCCAUGGAAAAAUGUGUUUGUGUAAAGUGUAUUAAAUAUGUUAUUAAAUUUAAUUUGAGAACAAGUGUAUUAUUUUUAUGUAUUUUGUUUUAAAUCAUUUUUACUUUAUUUUUAUAUUUUAAUAUAGGAAUUCUGUUGAGAAGACUUCAGUAUGAAUAUUUCUAAAUACAGCUAAAAAGAGAAAUAAAU